AGUUUUACCGCUUUUUUUCGUUUCUUCCCAAAUUACUCAACUCUAGUCAAUUUGUUUAAAAAAAUUUUUUUGGAAGAAGAGAUGGAUUCAUGUGAUUCUUACGAUGCUAUGUCUGAAGCCAUAAAUUAUUUAGGAAUUAACCUUCUUAAAGAACUGACAAAAGAAAUUGGAAAUGUCUUCUUUUCUCCAUUUAGUAUAUCAAGUGCUCUUGCAAUGGGAUUUAUUGGAUCCAGUCAUGAAACAGCUAAAGAGAUGACUAGUGUUCUUGGAUAUGAAGCAGCUAAAGUAGAGUCUGGAGAUGUCAAAACUAGUUUUCUCCAUCUAUUUUCUGAAAUAAAUAAAAAAACAUCCAGCGUAUGCACAUUGAGUAUUGCAAAUGUGGUGUUUGGGGAUUGUAAACUUUCAGUUCAAGAGGAUUUUAAAAAAUCACUACAGGAUUUCUUUCAUGCACUAUUUGUAGAUGUUGAUUUUAUGAAUGAUUCUGCAGCAGCUGUGGAGAAAGCUAAUGACUGGGUUAAAACUAAAACAGAAAAUAAGAUUUCACAUUUACUGGACUCUUUGGAUUCUGACACUAAAUUGGCAAUUUUAAAUGCCGUCUACUUUAAAGGCUUUUGGUUGCAUGCCUUUAAAGAAAAAUCCACUUUUUUACAGUAUUUUUAUAAUAAGGGUUUAGAGGAUGAACUUAAGCUUGUUGAAAUGAUGCAUAUAAAAGAGAAAUUUUUUUAUGUUGAAGAUAAUUCAUUCAAAGCUCUCAAAUUACCCUAUGAAGGUGAGAACUUAGCGAUGCUAUUGUUGCUGCCAAAUUCACGGGAUGGAGUGGAUGAUUUAGAACAUCAAAUAACGAUUGAGUUUUUGAGACACGUAAAAGAAAACAUGUGUCAAACUGAAGUUGAAGUGGCUUUACCAAAACUUCAUUUGGAGUACUCAAAAUCAUUGAAAAACAAUUUUAAAAAUUUAGGCUUGAGACGAGCAUUUGAAUCAGGUGCUCAUUUUGAUCAAAUAAGUGACAAAGAAAACCUUUAUGUGUCUGAUAUAAUUCACAAAGCAGUUCUAGAAGUAAGUGAAGAGGGAACUGAAGCUGCUGCAUCAACUGCUGUAAUGUUGAGUAAUUAUUGUAUAACUCAUUGUGCUGAGUUUAUUAUUGAUCAUCCCUUUGUAUUUUUAAUUUAUAAUUGUAAAAACGACCUAAUUCUUUUUAUGGGAAAAGUUGUUGAGCUGUAGUUUUUGGUUUAAUGUUGGUCGGAAAAAUAUUUAAUCUUGAACUUUUCUUAGCCUUGAUAUAUAAUUUUUCAUUUAAUUCAGAAAAUGUAAAGUAGAUUUAAAAUUAAGCUCUAAGAGUUUAAAACUGACUGAUUAGAAUUAAUUGGAAAAAAACAACCUUGUCUAAUUUUUUCAUUUGAAGGAACGGAAAGGAUGUUUGUUAUAGAUCUAAAUACCUCUGCUCCCCUUCCAAAUAAAAAAAUGGAAAUUGUCAAAGACAAUUUUCUUUGUUUGAAAAUAAAAUUAAUAAAAGUGCUGGUGUAAAAUUUAUAUCAGUUUCUGUAAAUCUUUUCUAGUCAUUAAAUGUUGUAAAAACAUUAUAAUGGUUGAAGCUCCCUAAAAAAAAGUUUAUUUUCUACUGGUAAAAAAUAGAGUUAUUUUACCAUUCUAAAAUACUAAUCUAAAUUUUUUGUAAUUUGUUUCGGUAACGUUAUUAGUUUACACCACCUUUGCUUGAGUAUUUAAUGUUUUAAUGUACUUAAUGAUACCUUGGCUUGAGUAUUUAAUCUAGUACUUAAUGCAGUGAUUUUAAUCCCUUCUUGUUCUUGUCACUAAAUUUUAUAUUUUAAAUCCGUCAAAUGUUAUCUAUUACUAUUGGUUUUUUUAUUAUUUUUCAACCUUUCUGGUAUUCCAUCAAUGAGCUCCAAUGCUUGCGAAUGCUUUCUAUUCUUAAAGAAUUAGUAAAAGUUUAGUUCCUUUUUGUGAUCAAGUAUUAUAUUAUACUUAAUUAUGUGUUUGAGUGAUUUUUUUAUUAACUAUUUUUUAGAAGAACCUGGAAAGUAUAUUCAAUGAAAUUUACAUCUGUGUAUAUGUGUUGCAUGUAUUUUUGUUACAUAAAUUUCCUGCUAUUUUAGAGUGAAAUGAUAUAAAAAAUGACAGAAUAUUGCUUUUAUUUUUGCCCCCAAAAAUAUGAUUAAAGUUUUAACAAAAAAAAAGAAGCUGUUUUUGCUCAUAAUGAAUUCCAUUUAACCCUUUGACGGUCAGGGUAAUGAGCAGUAUUACGUACAAACAGUAGUCGAAAGUGGCAUCUGUUUUCCACCUCCGUUCUUACGAAAAUGUGACCCUUCUCUGCGAUGCCAACUGUUCCGUCUUCUGGAAUUGUUAUAAUGAAGUGGUAGCAAAUUACGUGGUAAAUUUUGUUGGAGAAGAACAGUUACGCCUACUUUUUAAUAGAGUAACCAGUAGAUUGUUGCUUUAACAUUGCAUUUUGUAUGUUAUUUUUAGUUUUUUUAUAUUUAGUGGUGAAAAAAUUACUUAAAAGGAAAAAUACUAAGCUGAAAGUAACUUGACUUUCGCUAUCACUAGGAAAUACUAUUUUACAAAGUGGAGCAAGUUGGCAUCGCUGGAUGCAGUAGAUAGCUCACCUCACGCGUUUUAAAAAUUUCUUAAAGUAUUCGUAGUACAUGUAUAGCAGUUUUUACGUACUUUUCGUUUUUAACAUAGUCAAUGCAGAAUAAUGAUGGCUAACGAGCUCAGUUCGUCAGCGCGCAUUGGGGAAAAAAUGGGGCUGAAGGGCCCUCUCCCCUAGAAAAUAUAUGUGUAGUGAAACAUGCGUAUUUGAUUAAUCAUGUAUAAUUAAAAGUGAAAUCAAUUCAAUUAAUUAGUUAUUCAGCUAAUUAAGUUAAAAAUAUUUUAAUAGAUAAAAUGUCCUUUCAUUAAUUUUUUAAUUCAUUAAGCUAUUUGUCUUUUUCUUUCAUGAGCCCCCCUCCCUAAAUUCAAACGUAUGGGCGUCCUGCACAAGGCUAUCCACUUCUAUGUAUGGAAGUCCUUGAAAUAUUUGAUUGCUCGGUUAAAUCGGAUGAUCGGGACUCUACUGAAUUUAAUUAAAUCUUUAAAUUUAGAAAUUACUUUAGGAGUGAGAUUAAAUUAAUAUAACACAAGAUGUAAACCUGAAAUAUGUGUGUUUUGAAUUCACUAACUUAGGCUGGCUUUACAGAAAUAGUUGAUUUUCAUUUAAUUUGUAUAAUUGACUACCUAUAAAUUUAAAAUGUGAGGAUUAUAUCUUUUUGAUUUUGUACCAUUUUUUCUGGAAUAUUUUAUUAGAAGAACUGUCCAUUAAAUAAUUUGUUUUGUGUGAAAUUUAGUUUUGCAAUUUUCUCUUAAAUUUUAAUUUGUCUAAAUUCUUUGUUAAUUUAACCAAUAUUUUAGACAGUUGCAGACUUCAUUCUUAAGAAAAAUUAUAAUUUUUUGUACCCUGAGAAAAUUAUUAUUCAUGUAGUGAAUUAGAUUUUCUGGGACAUGGACAAAAGAAUUUAUACAACAGUCUGUUAAAAAUUGGUAUUUAAAUAUUAAAGUAUAGUUCAGAAAUUAACUUUAUUGCUCUUAAAAUGUAACAUAGGUUUAACCUCGUAUUUUUGAUUAACAGUAGUAUGAAGCUACCAAAUACUAAAUAACUAGUAGAAAGCUUUGUUUGUUGUGAUAAAAUAAGACUAUGAGUAUUUACUUUUUACCGACAGUGUUCAUAGUUGUAACCCUUAGAUUUGCCAAUUUUGAAUUGUUUAUAAUUUUAAUGUUUCAAUUUUCAUAUUCUUUUUAAUUUUUCUUUUUUAAUUCAAUAUUCCAUUUACUAUUUCUAAAUAUUCCAAAAUAAAAAACACUGUGAGCGUAUAAAUAUUUAUAUUCUUAAAAGACUUGUAAAAAUGAUAUAUAUAAAAAACUGCUAUAUAUUUAGAUGUUUGUUCUAUUUAUGCAUUAUUUGUUCUUUAAUGUAGACAUUUAUUUACCAUGUACAUUUCAUAGAUAAUACUAUUUACAAAAUGUUUUUAUUCGGAUGUAUAAAAGAUUACUAUUUACAAAUUGUUUGUACUUGUUUUAAAUAAAGAUCGAAUUAUUUCUUU